AUGUUAUUUUUUGUUUUUUUUUUUUAUUUGUUUUUAGUUUUUUUGAAUUUUUGUAUUUUAGAUUGUGUUGUUUGAUGAAGAGUUUUUGUCGUUUGUACUUUUGUUUUUGUUUUUUUGGUAUUUGAUAAUAAGAAUAAUGGUGGUUUGAUUAAUUAUUAUAUUAUUCAAGAAAUUUGUGGCUAUUAUUUUUUGGUUUUUGAUAGUUGAAAAUUGCAAUUUUUUUUUCUUAUGUUGAAGUCCGGAGUAGCCCCAUUUCAUUUUUGGUUAUUUAGUGUGUUGAGUGAAAUAAGGGGUUGAUCUAUUUUAUGGUUUUUGACUUUACAAAAAUUAGUAUAUUUUGUUGUUUUGGUUAAUUUUUGUGGUGAUUUUUUUUUUAUUUUUUUGUUUAUUGGUAUGGCUAUUUGUUACUUGCAAAUUUUUUUAUUGCGCAGUUAUCGGGAUAUAUUAAUUGUUAGCUCUACUGAGUCUUUUAAUUGGUUAUUAUUGAUUAGAAGUUUUUCUUUUAGUGAAGUUUUUGUUUUGUUUCUUUUUUAUUAUUUCAUUAUAUUUUUAUUAGUUUGUUAUAUUUAUAAUUUUGGUUUUGGUUCUUAUAUAUCUGAAAUGGUUAUGAUUUUUUUUAAUGUUCCUAUAAGUAUCACUUUUUUUUUAAAGGUCUUAUUGCUAAUGAAUUCUAGUUAUUAUGUGGGGGUUUAUUUUUUUUUUUUAUUAUUGAUUAUAUGUUUGAUGUCUUUGGGGUUAAGUUAUUUUUUUUUUUUUUUUUUU